AUAAUAUAUUAAUAAAGUGUGUGUUGUGUUGAAUGGCAGCCAUAAGUAGUGAUUGUGUUGUUUGAAGCCAUUGAUUGAAACAACUGUUUCGUUAUUAUUACUAAAACAUGACUUUCAAUAAAACGCAUUUCAUUUCAAACCAACAAUUUUUAAGACAAUUUAAACAAUAUUUGAUACCAUUAUCACUGUCUAUAUCUUGAUUAUAGUGUAUAUAAUAGUUAUAUUUUAAUAAUCAAUUGAAUAGAUUUAGUAAAUUUAGUGAAUAUUUUGUGGAAAAAAUGCCCAAAAACUCAAACUCUCGACGCAAUAAAAAAGGGUCUAAUGUCGUGACCAAUCGGCGCGAAGACCUGCGAUCAGUUCUCAGCGAUGAUAACGAUUCAGCCAUUGCUGACAACAUGUCUGUCAUUUCGUUGACUUCUUCGGCCAAAUGGGACAAUGGAAGCGAUGACUUUAACAAUCCAACUGAUGAUAUAAAUGAUGACACAAACAACAUGUCUUAUAUCGAUGACUUUGAGUCCAAAUUGAUUGAAGCGAUCGAUCAGACGAGUGGUAAGAGUGCCAAAACAAGACAAUUGUCUUUGGAUUCCAUCAGAAAAGCAUUAACCACCAGAUUUUGCUACGAUUUCCUAAUUGAUAGGAAAGUAACGAUUGGAGACGUAUUGGAACAUUCAGUCAAACGAAAGGGUGAAGAACUUGGAUCAGCUGCUCUUCUUUCGAGUGUUGUAUUGAUAACAUUGGGUUCAAGUACUGAAAGUGAUGCUAUGUUUGUUGAAAUUGAGUCACAUUUGAUUGCAGCCAUGACUGACGCUUCUGUAUCACCAGUUAUCCGAUCCAAGUGUGCCAUCGCUUUGGGUUUGGGACAUUUCAUAACAAAUAACGGAUUAGAUUCAGUGGAUUCAGUAAUGGAUUUGUUUCAAUCUAUAUUUGGCGCCUCAUUCUUCAAAGGUAACGGUGCGGUCCCAACGCAUACAAACGAGAUUUCAUCACUUCAUGCCAGUGCUCUUUACUCGUGGACUCUACUCUUGACUUUAUACACACCUUCAGCUGCUAUACAUAUGGCUGAAAGACUAGCAAAAAGAAUAUCAGAAUUGUUAGACUCACCUGAUGUUGAUCUUAGGAUUGCUGCCGGAGAAUGCAUUGCAGUGUUGAAUGAAAUAUCACGAGAAUGUGAUGAAGACUUUGAAUUCGAUGAAAUGGAUUUAUUAUGUGAUAAAUUGCGUGCUUUGGCCACUGAUAGUCAAAAAUUUCGAGCGAAAAAGGAUCGGAGACAACAAAGAUCUAGUUUUAGAGAUAUCUUGAAGGCUGUUGAAGAAAGAGAGUCUCCAAAUAUGAUGAUAAAGUUUGGCAGAGAAAGACUAGUCAUUGAUUCGUGGUGUCGGAAGAGACAAUACGAUGCCUUAUGUUAUGUCCUCAAAUCGGGAAUGAAUUUACAUUUAGCUGAAAAUGAUUUAUUGAGAGACAUCUUUGAAUUGGGUGCACCGCUAUCAGCACUAGACAUCAAUUCUAAGUUAACAAAAUUUGAAAGAAACAUGUCAAACAUUGCUAGUUGUAAGGCUCGGACUAAAACUCGAGGUAAGCUUCGGGACAAACGCGCCGAUGUUAUGGCCUGACUGGAACUCAUGUUAGAAAACUGCUUUAAUUAAAUUGGUUUAAAAUGUAUAUAUUAUUUAAUUAAUAUUAGCUAUAAUUUAUUGAAUAAUAUUAUAAUGAAUGGA